AUGAAGAGAAACCUAAAUGAAAAUCCAACUAGGAGUACAGCAGGCUGUUUGCCUGUACCAUUGUUCAAUCAGAAAAAGAGGAAUAGACAGCCAUUAACAUCCAAUCCACUUCAAAAUAAUCCAGGUAUCAGUAAUGCUUCUGACAGUUAUGAUUUCCCUCCUUUACCAUCAGAUUGGGCCUGGGAAGCUGUGAAUCCGGAGUUGCCUCCUUUAACGAAAACAGUGAACACGGGGCAAAUACCACAUUCAGUUUCUCAUCCCCUGAGAAGUGAAAAUUCUGUGUCUAAACCUAUUCAAUCAAAUGCUGAGAGAAGCAAGAGUGAUUGGAGCUACAGAGAUGGCAACAAAAAUACUAGUUUAAAAACUUGGGAUAAAAAUGAUUUUAAGCCUCAGUACAAAAGAAGAAAUCUAAUGACAAAUAAUGAAAUAAAUUCCAGUUCAAUGAAUUUGGGAGCUCAACAGCAGAAACAAUUAAGAGUAUCUGAAUCUACUAACUUACCUAGCCAAAGAGAAAGUGAAGCACUCAGACAAGCAAAGUCGUCAGAAAUGCCUGGCUCCACAAUGAGAAGUCUAAACAAAAAUAGCACAUUGCAGGCGUUUAAGCCCAAUUUUCAACAAAAUCAAUUUAAGAAAAAAAUGUUCGAUGGUUUUCAAGAAGUAAACACCCUCAAGGAAGCUUCAUCAUAUCAGUUAAAGCUUAGGGAAAAAGAUAAUUCUUUAAGAAUUAUAUCUGCAGUUAUUGAAAGCAUGAAGUACUGGCGUGAACAUGCACAGAAAACUGUACUUCUUUUUGAAAUAUUAGCUGUUCUCGAUUCAGCUGUUACACCUGGCCGAUACUGUUCAAAGACUUUUCUUAUGAGAGAUGGGAAACAUACUCUGCCAUGUGUAUUUUAUGAAAUAGAUCGUGAACUUCCCAGAUUGAUUAGAGGCCGAGUUCAUAGAUGUGUUGGAAACUACGACCAGAAAAAGAAUAUUUUUAAAUGUGUUUCUGUCAGACCGGCGUCUGCUUCUGAACAAAAAACUUUCCAAACAUUUGUUAAAAUUGUAGAUGCUGAAAUGAGAUAUUAUACUAGUGUAAUGAAUGAAGUUUAA